AUGGGAUUUUCAAGGCUUUUAUACUCUGCCCUACUUUCGCCAAUCACUACACCUCACAUAGAAUACACCGAUCCCUGCACUUUACGCUAUGAUCCACUAAAAGUCAUUUUAUAUGAGUCAUAUAUUCCAAUAGACGCACUCACCUUUAAAAUAGGCACAGGCAAGAUGAACAAAAACGAAGUACGUGGGAUAGUUGAUAGCAUUUUGGACGUCAAGAAAAACAUACUUUUGCAUGUGGAUAAUGCGGCGAAGGUAUUCAAUCUUAGCGAAACGAUCAAUGAAAGGGGGCCCAUGAAAAACUUUCUGAUAAAAAGAUUAAAUUUAAUCCAAAGUGAUGAAUCUUUCAUCUUUAAGGAACUAAUAAGAGAUAAACAAGAUCAAAUAUUAAAAUGUAUUGGAGCCCUAAAGGGAAAGGCGAUCCAUGAUCCUAUGUUAGACAAACAGUAUCGGCAGAUGAUCGGCAGGAUAUAUGAAGCAGUAUAUGAAAAUCUAGAUAUCCAAGAGACGAUUAAUAGAGAAAAAGAAGAGCUGUACCGCGAAUACAGACAGGACAUCCCAAAGAGUGAGUUUACCAGAGCAAGGAUAGCACUGAGUCUGGGAAGUAGCAUAUUCUACUUGCCUGAGCUAGUAAACUUGAUGGAAAAGAUCAAUCUAAAAGAUAAAAACAGGUUUGUAAGGGAUUGGAUAAACACUGUCUUUGAGCCAAUCGAAAAGCUGGCGAUUUCGACAUCGUCCAAAAGCUUCAUAGAGCAAAAGCAUCUUGUAAAAGAAUUUAUAAAAAACAGCACAGAAACUGGGUCAUCUAACAUUGCAUUUGAGGCCAGAGCAGGCAUUAUAAGAGCAGCAAAUUUAAGUGUGGAACAGAUCAAGGAACUUUCAUCAAAGCAAAAUGCAGAAAAUUUAAGACUGUUAGAAGUACUGGAAAAUAUGAGAGAAGCAUCUUGGAUAGUAAAGUAUAACAAGCAGAUAAAAGAGGACAUGAUAACAUACCUGAUGACACGGCAGCCAGAAGAUAAGAAGCGGGUUCUCAAUCAUUUUGCAUGA